AUGACGGUCCUGCCAACGUUUGUGCAGUGCCUAGCGGCGGCCGUGGUAGCUGUGGUGGUGAGCGGUCUUGUCGUCGUCUAUCGCCUAACACUCCACCCCCUUGCUAAAUUUCCGGGGCCGAUCACGUGGCGGGCAACUCGGCUCCCAUGGGUACGCUAUACCACAUCGGGAUAUAUGUGGCGCAAAUUGGAGGAUCUCCAUCAACGACACGGGCCUAUUGUUCGGAUCGCGCCAAAUGAAUUGUCAAUAUGCUCGCCCCAAGCUUGGCCCGACAUCUACACCUCGCGGCCGAUCCUCCCGAAAGAGCCCUCCAGCCAGACACCUCCCCUGAAUGGCGCCGACUCGCUAUUCACAGCCAUUGGCGACGACCACCGUCGAAUUCGAGGUUCCCUCGCGGCCGGCUUCUCCGACAAGGCCUUACGGGAACAGUCGCCAUUGCUGGAGCAAUGGGCCAGCGAGCUGAUUGGCCGUCUGCGUAGAGAGCUUACAGACACCUCCGUCGUCGAUAUACACAAGUAUUUCGGGUACGCAGCGCUCGACACCAUCACCGACCUCAGCUAUGGCGGGCCCCUGGACGGGCUGGCAGGCCGCAACGAGCACAGCUGGAUGGACCGAUUCUUCCUCCACGGCCGCUUCAGCACCUUCCGCAUGUCUCUCUGCUGGUUUUAUCCGUUGGACAAGAUCCUAGACUUCAUCAUCCUGUCACUGACACGCCGCCAGCGGGCGCAAAACUGGGCUGUCUUUGGGGGAAAGAUCCUGGGUCGCAUUGCCAAGGGUGACAUGCCCGAUCGCGUGGACCUGAUAAACUCCGUGGUGGGCAAGGUAGCGGACGGUGUGGAGCAUGGGUCUAAGGGAAAGGGCAUCUCGCGAAACGAGCUCCUUUCGCACUCGCUGGCUUCUGUGAUAGCGAACUCUCAGUUGACCACAUCGGCAUUGACGACUUGUAUCUUCUACCUCCUGCAACACGAGCAAGCGCGGCAGUGUCUGGUCGAUGAAAUUCGUAACGCCUUCACCAGUGACGAGCAAAUCACCGUCCAAUCCACCCAGCCGUUGGUGUACUUGGAGGCCGUUAUUCAUGAGACACUGCGAGUUCACCAUCCAACGCCCAUUCUCCUUCCGCGUGUUGUGCCGCCUGAAGGACGUGUCAUUGAUGGCACGUUCAUCCCCGGCAACACCAUCGUUGGUGUCAAUCUGCACGUGAUUGCGACAAGCCCCUCGUUUUGGGUUGAGUCGCAUGCGUUUCGUCCAGAGCGCUUUCUGCCACCCUCGGACGAACGGUACGAUGCAAAGUUCAAUCAGGACGUCAAGGCGGCGUAUAUGCCGUUUUCCACUGGGCCGCGAAACUGUAUUGGCGGGAAGUUGUUCCUUGCCGAGGCGAGAGUGACGCUCACGAAGCUACUGUGGAAUUUUGAUGUUGUGUUGGCUGAUUCAAAUGUGAAUGAAUGGUUGGAUCAGGCUGCGUAUAUAGUAUGCGAGCCAAAGUCGCUGCAGGUCGAGCUUAUCGACCGGCGGAAGUAA